AUGAAGAGAAACUCUCGAGACAUUCUACAAUUUAGAAAUUGCACCGACCGAAUAUAUCCAAUUAAUUAUGAAAUCAUUUUUAAUUAUCUCUUGUUUCUAGUAUGUCUCUGUCUGUCUCUGUCUCUGUCUCUGUCUGUCUUUAAACAAUACAUCUCAAAGAUAUUAUUGUCAUCUGAGAAUUAA